GGGAAGGGGGCGUGGGUGCACCUGUGGGGCAGGAGCGGCAAGUUCACGCGCCCCGGUGGGUGCGGUUAGCCGCCACACCGGGUUCGGGGCCGAGGCUAUAGCCUGCAGGAGGGGCGCCGGCUGGGGUCGGGGGCGGGCGUGAUUGGCCUCUGUCCUCAGAGCGGGAUGCGGUGACGGCCCUGAGCGACCAUGGCAGCGGCGGACGAGCUGGCUUUCCACGAGUUUGAGGAAGCAACUAAUCUGCUGGCCCAGACCCCAAAUGAGGCCACCACCAGAAGUGAUCCGCUGACCCCCCAGGGGCACGUGGCUGUGGCCGUGGACUCAGGUGGCAGCUAUGGAGCUGAGGACGAGGUGGAGGAGAGUGACAAGACCGCGCUCCUUCAGGAGGAGAAGCAGCAGCCUGGUUUCUGGACCUUUGGCUACUAUCAGAGCUUCUUUGAUGUGGACACCUCACAGGUUGUGGACCGGAUCAAAGGCUCGCUGCUGCCCCGGCCUGGCCACAACUUUGUACUGCACCAUCUGCGGAAUCGGCCAGACCUGUACGACCCGGGAGAAGAACAUUACAGAAGUGGCACGUGGCGGAAACAGGCCUGCACCGCAGGGCAGCACUGUCAUGACUGGAGUGAGCUGCCAGGAGGCCACAGAGGUGACAGGACAGAUCGCACAGGCCUUCUAUGCUGCGGCCCCUUCUGGAUCUGUGCCACACUGGCCUUCGUCUUGGCCGUCACUGGCAACCUGACGCUGGUGCUGGCCCAGAGGAGGGACCCCUCCAUCCACUACAGCCCCCAGUUCCACAAAGUGACCGUGGCCGGCAUCGCCAUCUACUGCUACGCGUGGCUGGUGCCACUGGCGCUGUGGGGUGUCCUGCGGUGGCGCAAGGGUGUCCGGGAGCGCAUGGGGCCUUACACCUUCCUGGAGACCGUGUGCGUCUACGGCUACUCCCUCUUUGUCUUCAUCCCCACUGUGGUCCUGUGGCUCAUCCCCGUCCCAUGGCUGCAGUGGCUCUUCGGGACCCUGGCCCUGGCCCUGUCGGCCGCUGGCCUGGUGUUCACCCUCUGGCCCGUCGUCCGUGAGGACACCCGGUUGGCGGCUGCCAUGCUGCUCUCCAUGGUGGUGCUACUGCACGCCCUCCUGGCCCUGGGCUGUAAGUUUUACUUCUUCCAGCCACUGCCGCCGGAGCCCGUGGCACCUCCCCACCACGCCGCAUCUCAGCCCCCAGUCGUCCUACUGUCACCCACCCUGCCAGGGUCCACAGCAGCCUAGGGAGGCCGGAGCCCACAGGAGUUUCUCUCUUUCAGGCCCCAGUAUGAGGGGACGCCUCUGCCUGCCCUGCCUCCAAGACGGUGACUGAAGGCUCCCCUGAAACCUGGAGAUCAUUUUGCUACGUUCCAGACUUUUCUUACAAAGCAAACACUUUUAUUUCUAUGCAAAGGUGAUUCAGAGAAUUUAUAUAAAGGCGGGAGAGGGGCAGAGCCGGGAGCUUCCAGGGCAGCCACUGCCCCACAGGCCACCUGCCAGGACAGGCGGGCAGCACAGGGGGCCACCCCAGCCUCCGCCUCACCUGCUCGUCCCGGGGUGCCCAGCUAGUGAGCCUUGGGCCUGAGCUCCACCACAUCUGAGUUCGGGGGUGUUAGAAACGGGGAGCAGAACUAGAAGAAAAUUGCCUGUGCUGAAACAUA